CACCGCACACCUCCCGGGCCACAGGGCCACCCGCUGGCUCGCUCCCCUCCGCUGGUGCCCAGGCCGGUUAAACAUUAGUGGGAGGUUAUCAGUCGGGUUCGGGAGGGAGAGGGUAGUUACACUUUCACCACGUCUGCUCUGCGGGAGCCACCGGCCCCGGCUGGACGAUGCCUGUGGAGGAGUUUGUGGCCGGCUGGGUCUCCGCGCAGACUCGCUCCCUCAGUCUGGCGCUUGGGCCUCACUGACAGCACCUUCUUGUCACCACAGGGGCCCUGGGCUUGGUGCUGGGACACCCCUUCGACACCGUGAAGGUGCGGCUGCAGACCCAGAGCACGUACCGCGGCAUCAUCGACUGCAUGGUCAAGACCUACCGCCGCGAGUCGGUCCUGGGCUUCUUCAAGGGCAUGAGCUUCCCCAUCGCCAGCAUCGCCGUGGUCAACUCGGUGCUCUUCGGCGUCUACAGCAACGCCCUGCUGCUGCUCACCGCCACCUCCCACCACGAGCGGCGCCUGCAGCCGCCCAGCUACAUGCACAUCUUCAUCGCCGGCUGCGCCGGGGGCUUCCUCCAGACCUACUGCUUGGCCCCUUUCGACCUCAUCAAAGUCCGGCUGCAAAACCAGACGGAGCCGCGGGCAGGGCGGGGGAGCCCCCCGCCCCGGUACCGGGGGCCCGUGCACUGCGCGGCCUCCAUCCUCCAGGAGGAGGGGCCGCGGGGGCUGUUCCGGGGAGCCUGGGCUCUGACGCUUAGGGACACCCCCACCCUGGGGAUCUACUUCGUCACCUACGAAUGGCUCUGCCGCCAGUCCACGCCGGAGGGCCAGAACCCCAGCUCAACCACAGUGCUGGUGGCAGGGGGCUUCGCAGGCAUCGCCUCCUGGGUGACAGCCACCCCCUUGGACGUGGUCAAGUCCCGGAUGCAGAUGGCCGGGCUGGGGCAGAGGGAGUACCAGGGGCUGCUGGACUGCAUGGUGAGCAGCGCCCGGCAGGAGGGCCUGGGCGUCUUCUUCCGGGGGCUGACCAUCAACAGCGCCCGCGCCUUCCCCGUCAACGCCGUCAUCUUCCUCAGCUAUGAGUACCUCCUCCACGCAUGGGGGUGAGGUGCCAGGGCGCCCGCCGCUCCGGGGGCCGGAGCCCCCGCCUGCCCAGGUCGGAGCCGAGCUGAAAGCACCAGGCUGAGAUUUCAAUGGGAGUCUCAGCCGUCCUGUGGGGG